AUGUCGCUGAUGCACGAUCAGAAGCCGUCGCCGCUUCCGCCGCCGGCGGACGAGCAGGACAACAACGGUGGAGGAGCGGUGGUGGUCCCCCGGCAGUUCAUGGAUCUCGGACUAGCGAAUUCCUCCGCUGCGGCUGGUGGCGGUACGAUCGGCGACACAGAUGAAUUGUCGUUGUCAUCAUCGGAACGGGACCGGUCGAGGUCGCCGGCUGCGGAUGAAGGAUCGACGAUGAUGGCGGCGGCGGCGUUCGAGGGAGAGAAGAAAGCGGCGGCGGCGGCGGCGAGGGAAGAAGAGAGUUCGGAUCAAGGAGGAUGGGGAGGAGGGAAUAAGGUAGCGAGAUUCAACAAUUCGGCGAAGAGCGUUGAUCAGACUGAAGCCACAAUCAGAAAGGCUCGGGUGUCGGUUCGAGCUAGAUCAGAGGCUCCAAUGAUCACGGAUGGGUGUCAAUGGCGGAAGUAUGGGCAGAAAAUGGCCAAGGGCAGAAAACAACAAUCAAUAGUUCAUUAA